CCUUUCUUCCUCCAACCACAUAUAUAAGUAUGCCAAUACCACAGAAAGCAAAGCAUCAGCACACGCUAUCCCACACCAGGUGGCACUCUUUACUACGAUCUCUUUUUGUCUCAAAACAUCAAAAGUUUACAAGUUCAGUGGCUGUCCUGAAACCUCUUUCUCACUAGCAAAUUGACACUGGUCAUUCAUUCACAAGGCACAGAUAUGGGUGAUUUAUCAAGAUUUGGACAAUGGUGUUAUUUUUUAGUUUAUAUGCUUUUACUGCUCAAAAUAGAAGGAGCUAGCAUUCCUAUUACUAUUGUUGAGACUGCUAAAGCUAGAGGAGCUGUUUGUUUGGAUGGAAGUCCACCAGCUUAUCACUAUGAUAAGGGAUAUGGUACUGGUGCCAACAACUGGAUUGUUCACAUGGAGGGAGGAGGAUGGUGUGAUGAUCUUGAGAGCUGUUCUCAAAGAAAGGACACAUACAAAGGUUCAUCACUAAAAAUGGAGAAGACCAUGGGUUUCUCUGGCAUACUAGGGGGCAAGCAAUCAGCUAAUCCCGAUUUCUACAACUGGAAUAGAAUUAAGAUCAAGUACUGUGAUGGAUCAUCCUUUACUGGCGAUGUUGAAGUAGUUGAUGCUAAAACUAACCUUCACUUCAGAGGAGAAAGGAUUUGGCAAGCUGUUAUUGAUGAUCUAUUGGCAAAAGGGAUGAGAAAUGCUCAAAAUGCCAUUCUUUCCGGUUGUUCUGCUGGUGGAUUGGCUGCUAUUUUGCAUUGCGACAAAUUCCGGUCUCUCCUGCCUGCAAGUGCUAGAGUUAAAUGUGUGUCUGAUGCUGGUUUCUUCAUUCAUGGGAAGGAUGUCGCUGGAGGGCGUCACAUUGAGAACUUCUUCGGAAGCGUAGUUAGAUUACACGGAUCGGCAAAGAGCUUACCUGCAUCAUGCACCGCAAAAAUGAGACCUGAGUUGUGUUUCUUCCCACAAUACGUAGCUCAGACUAUGCGAACACCGCUUUUUCUCAUCAAUUCAGCCUAUGAUUCCUGGCAGAUUAAGAAUGUUUUGGCACCCAGCGCUGUUGAUAAAAAGGGAAGCUGGAAGAGCUGCAAACUCGACUUAAAGAAGUGCUCAGCUGCUCAACUUCAGACUGUGCAAGAUUUCAGGACACAAUUCAUCGGUGCCUUGAGUGGUGGGGUUACCAACAAACCAGCAAAUGGGUAUUUCAUAAAUUCUUGCUAUGCACACUGCCAGUCUGGAUCAUUGGCUACAUGGUUGGCUGAUAAGUCUCCAGUUGUGAGCAAUACGAAAAUUGGAAAGGCGGUUGGAGAUUGGUUUUACGACCGAGCUACAUUCCAAAAGAUCGAUUGUCCUUAUCCUUGCAACCCCACCUGCGUUAAAAUUGAUUCUGAUUCAUAAGAGCAGCCAGCAGAUGUAAAUUUACUGCACCAAAAUGUUACUGCUGCAUAAGCUGAUCACCAUUAUAGUCAGAAUGAGCUUUGCGUAAGAGGCUGCUUAUGAUUAUCUUAGUUUUCAAAGUAAAAAAUAAAAGUGAAAGCAGGAAUUAAAUUGUACUGUUGGGUGUCUGUAUCAUUAUUUAUGUAAUCACUUCUUACUCUCUGAUUAAAUUGGAAUCUAAUUUUAAUAAAGAUUUAUAUAUAUCUUUCUUUGCUGGUGAGAA